AUGGCGGUGUUGGAAUUCAUCGGGGACCAGCUCCUCAGGCCGAACCGGGCCGUUGUGUUCGGUCUGGGCGCAAUUGCUGGUCUUGCCAUGCACCACGGCUUCUACAUCCACGGCGAGUGGCACGUCCAGGCCCCGGCCAUCGUGGUGGGCCACUCUCUGGCCUUUGCGGCUCUGUUCAUCGGCAGCGUCUCUUCCUCCUUCGCCGGAGGGACGCUGACGCUCGAGAGCAAAUUCGUAUUUCGCUAUCCUGGCUUCGCCAUCCUGGGCUAUCUCGUCGCGCUGUUCACCAGCAUCACCGUGUACCGGCUCUUCUUCAAUCGGCUUGCACGAGCUGGAUUCGCUGGGCCCGUGGGCGCGCGCAUCACAAAGCUCUGGCAUAUGUGGGCGUGCAGAGGGUCCAAGAAUCAUCUUGUCCUGGACCGCUUGCAUCGGAAAUAUGGCGAUUUCGUGCGCACGGGACCGACCGAGGUCACUGUCUUUCAUCCGGACGUUUACUGGGUGAUUGACGGUCCCAAGGCAGAAUGUGUUAAAUCUGAAUGGUAUGAUAUUCUUGAUCCAAACUUGUCACUCGUCACGGCCCGCAACAAGUUCUUGCAUCAGACACGCCGUCGUCAGUGGAAUCAAGGCUUUACAACCAAGUCAAUUGCCCAGUAUGAGGAGAAGAUCCUCAAGUACGUCGACCAGCUCGACGUAUGCAUCGAACAAGAUGUAGCAGCGCACCGGGUCUCCGACGUGCGCAAUCUCUUCUUCUGGUUUGGCUUUGACGCCAUGGGUGACUUCGUCUUCAACAAGCCCUUCAACAUGCUGCAGGAUCAGAAGUGGCAUCAUAUUAUUGUCUUGCUGCAGCGCGCGUUGUCUCUGCUAGGCCCGUUCAGCGCGGUUCCGUGGCUUAUUCAGAUAGGCUUCAAGCUUAUGCCUCGAGUUUGGAUCCUGAAGGAUUGGUUUGAUAUGGUGGCCUGGUGCGAGAAGCAGAUGCAUGAGCGACUUCAGGUCCCGGAAGACAAGCUACGAGUACCAGACGUUGCGCACUACUUGAUGGAAGAUGCAAAAACCAACAACUUCCGAAAGGAAAGCAUGAUGUGGUUGAAUGGUGAUAGCUUGCUUGCCAUAGUAGCAGGAAGCGAACCAACAGCCUCCGUCCUUCUGGGUAUCUUCUGCGAACUCGCUCGAAAUCCAGCACACGCCCGGAAGAUCUACGAUGAGAUCCAAGGUCUCGAUAUACGCGACGCGAGGUCCCUAUCUCGUGCUCCGCAUCUCGAGGCCGUCAUCUCCGAGGCGCUGCGAUUCUAUCCCGUGCUUCCUACAGGAGGCAAUCGGAAAACGCUGGAGCAUGGUGUCACUAUUGGAGGGACGUAUAUCCCGCCGUACACGACCAUUGUGGCGCCGCGGUACUCUAUCAUGCGCCGAGAGGAUUGUUUCGAGCGCGGUAACGAAUUCCUUCCAGAGCGAUGGUUCGAGAAGCCAGAGAUGAUCCGUAACAAGGCUGCCUACGCGCCCUUUGGCACCGGCCACCACAGCUGUCUCGGCCGAGUCCUAGCCACAGACGACAUGCGCCUCGUCACAGCACGCCUCGUUAGCAAAUACCACAUCCGCUUCCCCACAGGUGAAGAUGGGCACGGCGUGCUCGGCGACUUGCGGGACCAAUUUACCGCGAACCCGGGACAAUUACAUUUAGUGUUUGAACUGAGGGAGAAGCAGUAA